AUGUCUUCUGCUCAUUCCCUCUAUCUCUGUACAGCUGAAGCAUCAGUGGCUAUUUCAAUUGCAUAUAUUUUGCAUAGGUCUUAUGCUCAUUCCUUCUAUCUUUGUUCAGUUGAAAAAUCAGUGACUAUUUCUUUUGCAUAUCUUUCGCAUAUGUCUCAUGCUCAUUCCUUUCAUAUCUCUGUACAGCUGAAGCCUGAAGCAUCAGUGGCUAUUUCUUUUGCAUAUCUUUUGCAUAUGUCAUAUGAUCAUUCCUUCUAUAUCUCUGUACAGCUAAACCAUCAAUGGCUAUUUCUUUUGCAUUUCUGUUGCAUGUCUUAUGCUCAUUCUUUCUAUAUCUCAGUACAGCUGAACCAUCAGUGGCUAUUUCUUUUGCAUACCUUUGCCUAUGUGCUACGCUCAUUCCUUCUAUCUCAUUCCUUCUAUCUCUGUAGAGCUGAACCAUCAAUGGCUAUUUCUUUUGCAUAUCUUUUGCAUAUGUCUCAUGCUCAUUCCUUCUAUAUUUCUGUACAGAUGAACCUUCAGUGUCUAUUACUUUUGCAUAUCUUUUGUAUAUGUCUCAUGCUUAUUCCUUCUAUAUCUCUGAGAUUAGUUUACUUCGUCUUCCGCUUGUCGACCGCAGAGUCACAUCCUUACGACAUCGAUUAUGGUGCUGUUGCUUCUGUUGUUGACGAUACUGUUGAAUCGUGUAUCUAUCUCUUUCACGUUCGAUUUUUUCUGUUCUUUGCACAUCGAUAUUGA